AUGACAGUAACAUUUGAGAAACUAAGGCGACCAGUAGACAAGUGGGAAGACGUCGAGCGAGGCAUCACUAAUGUCGGGACCAGUAAUAGAUCUAGCAACCUUUGUGGCUUCACAUUGAGCAUCAUUGAAGGGAACAUCCCAUGGCAAAAUAAUUAUUUACUGGGAAAAUUUGAUUUUACACAUAUUCUUUCUGAUCUUCAUGCGAUUCCAUAG